AGUUUAUAGACGUCAGUUGAAAAGCGCGAGUCCAUCAGGUGUUUGGUUGAAGAUAUUAUCAUCAAAUACCCUAUUACGCUCGCUUCAAGUUGCUUUAGAAAGAAUUUAUUCAGUAUUUUUUAAAUAGGUUUUUAUUAAAGAAAAAGCAACAAAAAAGAAAUAUUAUUUUAUAAAUUAAUCUUGAAAAAUAACGUAGUAAAUAAUCAUAAAACAACUAGAAAAUAAAAAGAAGAUAACUUCAGAUGUUUUUAAAUAAGAGAAGAAAAAGAAUGAUAUAGAUUUUUUUCUCUAUUUUUCUUCUACUGUGGAAUGAAAGUUACAUUGAAACGUAUAGGAUUAAUAUUUCUAAUCUGUUACAUCUUAAUUACCUGCUACACUGGCUAUCAAUUUGUUCAGAAACUAUUGAAAUCAGAAUUAGGUAAUCAGCAGAAAAUCUUAGACAAGCUCACCGAAGUUGAUGAAGAUUGGAACCCAUGGGGAGAAGAGUUUGAGGGCGCGGAUCCCAACGAAGAUAUACUUAAAUUUGAUGAAGGAGACGAGGAAGACGAAGUAAAGUCGAAUGGGAAAACUGUUGAAAUCUGGUCAAAAUCUGCUUUAGGCAUUUAUUUAUGGGAGCAUAUUUUGAACGCUUCACUUGUAACUCGUUAUCGUGGAAUCGAAAAGUUUGGCACAACCAAAAUCAACGGCAUAACUUACAGGAUGAGGCUAGGUCUUGGGAUGUUUCAGAGUAGAAAAGAUCUGGAUGCCACCCACUUGAUAUUGGUUCUGAAUGGUUCAGAUGCCAAAAAGAUAAGAGUUUCGACUGUGAUAUUAAAUUCGUUGAAGCUUUUUAACCGGCUCGAAAGGGUUGGGGUAAUUCUUUUGGGAAACGAAAAAUGCGAAAAUGAGUGGUUUGAGCCAUUUUUAAAAAGAAAUGGAGGUCCAAUUGACGUUGCGUGGAUUGUUUACGACUCAGAAUUAGUAGAUGAUAAAACAGUCUUUCAAUUCCCUUUAGGCGUAUCCAUGCAUAAUUAUUUUAAAACUUCAUUUAAAUCGACAUUAGACAUAAGGAGACCCUUCACUUGCAAUCUAGUUGGAACUGAUGAAGAUGAUAUAUAUAAUCUUCUAUCCUCGAAAAAAGAAUGUUUCGUUCAACCUAAAAUCGCUGAACGCUAUGAAUCAAAUUCGAUUACACGUUCUGCCUAUAUUAGAGCUCUUAGAACGAGUGACCUAACACUCUGUCCAGCUGAGAAAAAUUUGGAAACAUUUAGGAUAUAUGAGGCCUUAUCGUACGGUUCAAUACCCAUACUAAAUAUAAAACCUAAAGAGGAGAAAAGUAAAUGUAAUGGUUCCCUAAGAUUGCUCAAACGUUACAAUUUUCCCGCUAUUUUCGUAAAAGAUUGGAAUAAAGACGUUGAAAGAAUAUUACAUAAGGAAAAAUUUUUAAGUAGUCAAGAUAUUGUCAUUAGACGGAUAAACGCCUUUGAAUGGUAUUUAAGCUUCAAGAGAAAGAUUAUGCAGGAGUUCUUAGGGAUAAUUGAAAAUACCUUCUUUUCUCAUUGAGCACUCUUUAGUCUUUCACACCUCAAAAAUUAAUAAAACUGAUUAAAAUUAUUUACAAUUUUAUAAUUAUUGAAUAAUAACGAUAUAAUAAAGAAUAAAUUACUUUUAAACAAUUAAUCUCUUUCAAAUAAUCAACUUUUUUAGUCAAACUUUUACACAAGUAUUGUAAAUGGUCCAUUCUGCAUUCUGUACUUUUAUUGCUCCUGUAAUUCCCUUAAAAAUCUAUAACGUACGGAAAAAUCCAAAUAUAAAUCACAAAACAGGUGAGAUGAAAGUAAAAUAAAGAAAGGAAUAAAUUCUCUUUUUAUAUAAUUAUCGAGGACAAUUGCAUUUUAGGACUCUUUUUAUUUCUU